AGUGCACCUAAUAAUUAUAUGGAUGAAUAUUACCAUAAUGUUACAAUGUUAGUUACAAGAAAUUAUUCAUCAGCGGCAAAAUACGAGCAGAAAAAAAAAAUUAAUUAUUACAGAAAUAUAAGGAGCGAAACGUCAGAAAUAAAACAUAUUACUAAAAGUAAAAAAAGAGGUCAAAGUAAAAACAAAAAAUCAAAUGGACGUUUACUAAAUGAAGCGCAAUUCUACACAGAAGUUAUAAAUUAUAUUAGUGGAAUGUAUUUCAAUUUUCCAAAAAAAUGGACAAAAAAAAAUUAUAAAAAAUUGAGAAUUCGUGAAAUAGAUUUAAAAAAAAUUAAAUUUAAGAAUUGCCGUUUUGGAGUUGCUAUAUUUUUUGUGUUUUCGGUGUUCGCAAUUAGAUUACCAAUAUUAUAUGUAUUAUGUUCUUUAAGCAUUUUAGAUUGUAGGCUUCAUCAAAAUGUUUUAACAAAAGAUAUUUGUAUAUAAGUAGAAGGGUAUAUCAAAGCAAUAGAUUUAAGGGAAAAGAAUAUAUAUAUAGUAUCUUUCUUUAUACUUGUCGUUAUAUUAGCCAUGGUAAUUAUAAUAGUCUUUACUAAGACUUUAAGGAAUAAUGAAAAAUAUGAAAUAAUUCAGCUGAUGGUUUAG